CACGCUCGAAUCCCAAUUGGUCUAACCAUAAGAGAGGCGCGCAAAGCUGCUGCUUCAAGCUUUGAAUAGCUCCACAACACCAAAAUGGGAGCCGUAAAAAGAAAAGCAGACGCCUCGAGUGCGCCUGCGAAGAAAGAGAAGGGCGCAUCCAGCGACCGCUCAUCGAAGCGCCCGCGCAAAUCAGACGGCGCCACAGAGUCGCUCGCACAGUCGAAGCCUGACAAGACCGAGAGGGCAGCCCCGAAGGCCAGCGUCUUCAAGGAUGAAGAAUCAUCGUUUCCCCGUGGUGGUGCUAGCGUCUUGACACCACUCGAACACAAGCAGAUUCAGAUCAAGGCGAACCAAGAUGUGCUUUUCGAGCAGACGGGCGCAAAACGCAGUGGAGGCGACGACAACGAGUUUGCCGACAUGGGCUCAGAGGACGAGGGCAAGGCCGCCAAGAAAGCAAAGAAGUGGCCAGCGAAGAAGGGCAAGAAGUCAAACGGUGAUGAUGAGAAGGACGACGUCAUCAAAGUUGAGGGUCUCAAUUACAAGAAGCUAUCGCCUGGUACAAUGAUCCUCGGGCAGGUCACCGAUAUCACCCACCAAGACAUCGUACUUGCGCUGCCGAACAACCUCGUUGGCUACGUGCCCCUCACCGCCGUGUCCGAUAAACUCAACGAGAGACUCGAAAACCUCUUGAAGGAGGAAGAGGAGGAGAAGGGCGAGGACGAGGAGGAAUUCGAGGACGUCGAUCUGAAGGACAUGUUCUUUGUUGGCCAGUAUCUGAGAGCUGUCGUCACAUCUACAACAGACGAUACAGCGCGAGCACGGAAAAGACUGGAGCUGUCCAUCGACCCCAAGCUCGUCAACAAGGGCGUACCGAAGCGCAAAAUUCCGACCAACCUGAUGAUCCAGGCGUCAGUUCUGAGCAACGAAGACCACGGUCUCGUCAUGGACCUUGGGCUGGAGGACACGAAGGUCAAGGGAUUCUUGCCCAAGGGCGAGCUUGGCGCAAAGGUGCAGCACUCCAAGGUACAGGAGGGUGCUGUCUUCAUGUGCCUUGUGACCGGCCUCAACUCGGAUGGAAAGAUCGUCAAGCUUUCGGCCGACCAGGCCAAGGCUGGCAACUUGACUAAGGGCAACACCUUCACUGAUGCGCCCACCAUCGAUGUUUUCCUUCCUGGUACCGCCGUCGAUGUCCUCGUUGCUGAUAACACAUCGAGCACGCUCACUGGCAAGAUCCUGGGUCUGGUCGAUGCAACCGCCGAUGCCUAUCACUCUGGUGCUACCGAGAGGGGCGCAGACGUAUCGCAGAAGCACAAGAUUGGCACAAAAGUCAAGGCGAGAAUCCUGUUCACUUGCCCGGAUGCCGAACCCGCAAAGGUCGGCAUCUCGCUGAUCGAGCAUGUCGUCUCACUGUCCUCGCGCAUGUCCGGAAAGCCAAAGGAGCGUAAGACACCACUCGAGUUUCUCCCAGUCUCCACAAUCGUUGAGGAAGCCAAGGUCAUCAAGGUAGCAUCCGGUCUGGGUGCGUUCUUUGAGUUGGGCGUCCGCGAUGUCAUUGGCUUUGCCCAUGUGUCUCGUCUUUCAGAUGACCGCGUAGAUGUGCUCUCAGAUGAUGCGGGUGCUUUCAAGCUUGAUACGAAGCACCGUGCCCGUGUUAUCGGCUACAAUGCUAUGGACGGGCUUUUCCAGUUGUCGCUGGAGAAGAAGGUCCUCGACCAAGCUUUCCUCCGUAUUGAAGACAUCAAGGCUGGUCAGGUUGUGAAGGGCAAGGUUCACAAGCUGAUUGCUGACAAGAAGGGCGCUACCGCGGUCCUUGUCAAUCUCUCGGAAGGCAUCACCGGACUUGUGUCAGAACUCCAUCUUGCAGAUGUCAAGCUCCAGCACCCGGAGCGCAAGUUCAGGGAAGGUGUUCCGGUCACCGCACGUGUUCUGUACACCGACCCAGCAAGACAUCAAAUCCAGCUCACCCUCAAGAAGUCGCUUGUCAACUCGGAUGUCGAGCCUUGGAUAGACUAUGCAAAGAUUAAGAAGGGGUCGACUGGACCUGGUAUCCUCGUUGAUGUACGCCGCAACGGUGCCACUGUUCGCUUCUAUGGCGAUAUCAAGGCCUGGCUUCCUGUCGCUGAAAUGAGCGAAGCAUACAUUGAGGAUGCUGGCCGACAUUUCACAAAGGGACAGGUCGUCAAUGUACGUGUUCUUUCGGUUGAUCCAGAGGAGCGCCAGUUGCUCGUCUCUUGCAAGGACCCCGCCGCUGUCGACACCAACAAGGAGGCUGCCUUCAACGUGCUGAACCCAGGUGACAUCACAAAGGGCACAGUCGUUGACAAGACCGACGAGCUGGCGACACUCGACAUUGGCAACGGUGUCAAGGCCCUGCUCCGCAUUGGUCACCUGACUGAUGGCUCUGAGAAGAAGGACAUUUCCACAAUGAAGAAGAUUCGUGUUGGUGGUGUUUUGGAGGAUCUUGUCAUUCUCAGCAAGCAGUACAAGUCCAAGAACGUCACAGUCUCAAACAAGCCCAGUCUCCGCAAGGCUGCGCAGUCAGGCAAGCUCACGACCAGCUUUGCAGACAUCAAGGCUGGCGCGACCGUUCACGGGUUUGUGCGGGGCAUUCUGCCAGAGAAGGUAUUCGUUGAGCUUGGCAACAACAUCAGCGGUGCCGUCUUCAAGUCUCAACUCACUGACGAGAUGCUUCGAUCGCCGAAUUUUGGUCUGCGUAAGGAUCAAUCCAUCACCGCCAAGGUCACACACGUCGACGAGUCCAAGGAGCUCUUCUGGUUGUCGAUGAAGACAGAUGCCGACGUCGACAUGGACAGUACCUCCAAGGUCACCGAGAUCGUUGGCGAGGCUUUGAUAGACCCGGUCGAUCCCAAGAUCACAUCUACAACUGACAUCAAGUUCGGUGUCACCGCAAACGUUCGCAUCAGGUCGAUCAAGAACACGCAACUGAACGUUGCGUUUGGUGAGAAUGUGCAAGGCCGCAUCUCGGUUGCCGAGAUUUUCGAAUCGUGGGAUGAUAUCAAGGACAAGAAGAACCCGUUGGCGCAAUUCAAAAUGAACGACACGAUCAAGGCGAAGAUUCUCGGCCGACACGACGCGCGCAACCACCGCUUCCUUCCUAUCACACAUCGAUCGAGCAACAAGACACCGACAUACGAAUUGACCGCGAGAAAAGCGAAGCUUGCCACCGAGGCUGAUGUCCUCAGCCUUGAUAAAAUCUCAACGGAUGCCACGUUUGUGGCCUUUGUCAACAACAUUGCAGACCGCUUUGUUUGGGUCAACAUCUCAGCCAAUGUUCGCGGGCGUAUCGACUUCCUCGACCUGACAGAUGACCUGGAGAAGUUGUCUGCUAUCGAGACCAACUUCCCUGUUGGCUCUGCCCUCAAGGUCCGCGUCAAGUCCGUGGAUGUCGCUGCUGGGCGUUUGGAUCUGACAGCAACGUCUUCCGUCACUGGAAACAAGGUCACUCUUAAGGACCUGAAGGUCGGCUACGUCCUGCCGGCUCGUGUCACCAAGACACACGAUACAUCCAUCGUUGUCCAUGUCAACGAGAGCAUCGCCGCACCCAUUUACCUUGAGCAAUUGGCCGAUGAUUACGACCAGGCUAAGCCCUCGGAGUUCAAGAUUGGCGACGUCAUUCGCGUAUGUGUCGUCGAUAUUGACCACUCCAACAAGAAGCUUGGCCUGUCAGCCAGGCCUUCGAAGGUCAUCAGUCCCUCCCUGCCUAUCAAGGACCCUGUGAUUCAGGACAGGUCCGACCUCAAAGUCAGCCAAGUUGUGCGCGGUUUCAUCAAGCAGGUCGCAGAUAACGGCAUCUACGUGCGCCUCGGGCCAAAGGUUGAAGCUUAUGUUCGUGUCAGUGAGCUUUCCGAUGCAUACAUCAAGGACUGGAAGGCCGCAUUCCAGGUUGACCAACUCGUCACCGGCAAGGUCAUCUCGAACAAAGAGAACAUGCGCAACCCUCAACUGAGCUUGAAGACCUCGGUCAUUCAGGGCGAGUACACUGAACCUAUCGGGUGGGCUGAUCUUGAAGUCGGCCAGAUUGUAACUGCUAAGGUCCGUCACGUCGAGGACUACGGUGUCUUCCUCCUCAUCGACGGCUCGAACAACGUCAGUGGACUCUGUCAUAUCUCGCAGCUUGCCGACACGAAGGUCGAUAAGGAGAAGGUGAAGGAGAUGUAUAAGAAGGAUGACGUUGUCAAGGCCAAGGUUUUGAGUGUCGAUCCCAAGAAGAGGAAGAUUGGUUUCACACUGAAGUACUCUGAGAUUAAGGGCGAGAGUGACGAGGACGAAGAGAUGGAUGAUGCAUCCGAUGUCGAGGCUGAUGACGACUCGGAGAUGGAAGAUGGAGGUAUCGAGCUCGAAGAUGAUGUCGACAUGAGGAGUGUCAAGAGCGCAGACAGCGAAGAUGAGGAUGACGUUGAGGAAGGUUCUGAUGACGACUCAGACGCAGAACCAGCCAAGGCAUCAGGCCCUGGUUUGAGCGCAUCUGGUUUUGACUGGACUGGAGCGAACCUCGACUUUGAUGAGAAGAAGGCUGCUUCUGACUCCGAAUCUGAUGACGAGCCCAAAAAGAAGAAGAAGAGCAAGAAAGCCAGUAUCAAGGAAGACCGCACCGGCGACCUCGACGCGUACGGCCCUCAGUCUGUCGCAGACUACGAGCGACUACUUCUUGGUCAGCCCAACAGCUCUGAGCUCUGGGUACGCUACAUGGUGUUCCAGCGCGAGCUGAACGAGAUCGAGAAAGCGCGCCAAAUUGCCCGCCGAGCUCUCGCCACCAUCAACGCCCGUGAAGACCAGGAGAAGUUGAAUGUUUGGACAGCAUUGCUUCACUUGGAGAACGAGCACGCUGGCGAUGAAGUCACAGAGUCAACCUUCAAAGAAGCAUGUCAGCAGCAGGAUGAUCGCGAGAUGCACGAGCGCAUGCUCAAGAUUUACAUCUCCUCCGGCAAGCUCGACAAAGCAGACUCCCUUUACCAAUCCAUGACAAAGAAGAAGUCCUUCACCACCGACCCCGCCUUCUGGCUCGGCCAUGCAACCUUCCUAAUGGAUGUCCUCACCCCUCCCUCUCCACCACGCGCCCGCGCCCUCCUGCAGCGCGCCACGCAAUCAGUUCCCAGCGCACAGCACCGCUAUCUUACGCAAAAAUUCGCCGCGCUCGAGUUCAAGAGCGCGAAUGGCGACCCCGAGCGCGGCCGCACCAUCUUCGAGGGCCUCGUCAGCACGUUCCCCAAGAAGGGCGACGUGUGGGAUGUCUACAUCGACCUGGAGCGCAGCCACGGCUCGGCUGAGGCGGUGCGCGCGCUGUACGAGCGCGCUGCUAAGGCUGGUGGUGGUAAGGGGAAGCGCGGCGUCGCUGUGUUUAAGAAGUGGGCGGAGUGGGAGAGUGGGAAUGGGAAUGCGAAGGGGGUCGAGCGGGUUAAGGCGCUUGAGGAUCAGUGGAAGGCCGAGCGGGCUGGUAAGGAUGACGAGUAGUGUUGUGUUUAGGUGUGGAAGGGAGGGUUGCAUUGGGCGGCGUUGCAUAUCUAGUCGCUAAAAGAAUGAUUUUCUCUGUUCCUCUCACUUCUUUAUGGGUUCUAAG